UGGACUGGUUAGUUUUGUUUCACUGUUUUUCUUGUGUUGUCGUCGGUUCGAUCGCUGCCGAAGCGUGAAUUAUUUCGAUUUGCGGUUGUUGUGCAAGUGCAAGGCAAGGCAAGUCACGUACCCGUACUCGUACCCGUACCUGCCGUUGCAGUAAAUAAACCAACAAAAAUAUACAAAUCAAUGCACCAAAUAAAUAACGAUCGAUGCGGCGAUCUUUGAUUGAUUAACACAUCACUCACUAAUACACACUGCAACUGCACUGCACUGCACUGCUUUGUGUGGGAGUGCCCAAAAACAAACGUUAAUAAUAAUAAAAAGUGCCGCGCGACUUUGAUCGUGUGUCGGAGUCCACCGCCUGCCAGCCCUCCAGCCCCGGCCGCGAGUGCGUGUUGUAACUUUUGAUUAGCUGCGGCGUUGGAGUCGAAACGGAUUGGAUCUGAGGCUUCUUCCACUACAGUGCACCUCUUUGGAACAUUGCGCUGCUUGAGAUUUUCGUAACUUAUCGCCGCCCACAUCUCGCCGUUGCUUUGUUGUUGUGCUUCUUACGGAGGUGCUGAGAUGUGUGGCCCUACCAUCGCUGUGUACCCGAAGAUGUGCUGAUCUUACAUAUAUUAUUAUUAUAUAAUAUACCGCCAAAAUCCCCGUGCAAAAUCAAACAUUCCACCAAACAAAAAGAAAAGAGAAAGAGCGGGAGAAGAAAUUGAAUAGAGACGCGGUGCUAAUGCGAAAAGAAACUCCCCGAGAAACGCCAGAAAUUGUAAAGAAAUCAAUUAUACCAACACAAAAUGUCUAUGAAUAGGGGGAAAGAUCCCCAGCCGGAGCGACAGCCGAAGCACCGCACCAGCAGCCGCUCCCUGGAGGGCUUCGCUUGGGGCACUCUGCUGGCAGUGCUCGCCACCUGGUGUUGCCUCGAAAUGGCCGAGGCACACGUGGCCCUCACCUACCCACCAGCACGGCAAUACGAUCUGGACUUUUUGGACAAUUCCCGGACCAAGGCGCCCUGUGGCAUGCCCAAAGGCUCCAUCCGCACCUCGCUGCUGUCCGGCUCUAUGUUCAAUGUCACCUGGCACCUGGCCUAUCCACACAAGGGCGGCUUUCGGCUGCAACUGCUCGAUGCCCUCGAUCGGCCCGUUCUGGACUUGACGCCGCACGUCAACAACUCGGAAUUUGUGCGCACGGACGUCACCAGCGCCCAAGCGUAUCCAGUGAACUUGCCUAAGGACUUUGAGUGCUUCAACUGCACCCUGCGCCUGCUGCGGCAGGCCGACGAGUGGUCCAGCAGCUAUCGGUUCUGGUCGUGCGCCGAUGUCGACAUCAAGCCCCGGAAAGACUUCAAGGAAGCGUGCUCCGGGCACGGCAAGUACUACCCCUCGCGCUGCAGGUGCGACAAGAACUACUACGGAGCCCAGUGCCAGUACCGGGAUGAGUGUGCCGCCGACUCCGACUGCGGUGCGCAGGGAAAGUGCAUCGACCUCGGCGGCACCUCGCUGCCCCGCCGCCAGUGCUACUGCAACUUCGGCUGGUUCGGGUUGGGGUGCAACCAGCGGUCGCCCUACAAGACCACCGACCUAGACCUCUCCUCCUACACCAAGAAGGAGCUCUCGGCCGACUACCACAUCUACUGGCGCCUUCUGGAGGAGCAGAAGGAGAUCGAGGUAGUACUCAAGGUGAACGGCACCUCCUGGGCGGGAUUCGGCUGGCGCCCGCGCGGUCUUACUCCGGAGUGCAAAAACUUCCCUCUGAUACGGGAUAUCGGUGACUUGACUACGACUCUUGAGCCGAAGAGCGAACCGGAACCCAAGAGCGAACCGGAGCCCAAGAGCGAACCGGAGCCCAAGAGUGAACCGGAGCCCAAGAGCGAGCCGGAACCCAAGAGCGAGCCUGAGCCUAAGAGCGAGCCUGAGCCGAAGAGCGAGCCUGAGCCAAAGAGCGAGCCUGAGCCGAAGAGCGAGCCCGAGCCUAAGAGCGAGCCGGAGCCGAAGAGCGAGCCUGAACCAAAGAGUGAACCGGAGCCCAAGAGCGAACCAGAACCUAAGAGCGAGCCUGAGCCGAAGAGCGAGCCUGAGCCCAAGAGCGAGCCUGAGCCAAAGAGCGAGCCGGAACCGAAGAGCGAGCCUGAGCCUAAAAGCGAGCCUGAGCCUAAGAGCGAGCCUGAGCCGAAGAGCGAGCCUGAGCCGAAGAGCGAGCCGGAGCCCAAGAGCGAACCAGAACCUAAAAGCGAGCCGGAGCCCAAGAGCGAACCAGAGCCAAAGAGCGAGCCGGAGCCCAAGAGCGAACCAGAACCCACAAGCGAACCAGAACCCACAAGCGAACCAGAGCCUGCGAGCACACCAGAACCGGAAACGAAAAGUGUGCCUGAGCCCGUGGCCCAGAGUUCAAAGAGCAAAAGAGUCGCCGGAGACUAUGCACAGAUGGACGGAGUCAGUGCCGUCGCAACAAGCGUCUCCUACCGCGUCAGCAGCAACGCGAAGCGCAGCCGCCGCGAGGCGACAGAAUCGCCCAAGUACCGUCUGAACGCGUACACGCCGAUCCACGACUUCAAUCCAAUGGACUGCACGGACAUUGUUAUUGGAGCGGCCCGUGGAAUGGCCAGUCGGGUGGGAGACUACUACACGCGGGACCGAUCGACGCCGCGCAGCGAUGAGUUCUACGGCGGAAAGUCGAACCUGGCCCUGGGCACUGGCUUCGAAGAGAACGGCGUGACCACGAUCAUAUUCCGGAAGAAGCUGGUGGCCACGGAGCCCACAGACCACACCCUGGACGAUGCACUGACGCAUGUGAUCUGGGCCAAGGGCCAGGAGCCGGGCAGCUAUGUGCACGUGCCAGCCUCUGGGCUGGAGACGCAAGCCUCCACCGUGAAGGACUUCUAUCAGCCGGACGAGCUGAAGUACCACGGCCACAAGAUGCAGCGCGGAUUCACUCAGAUCAAUUUCUUUGAGAAAGAGAAGGCCGCCGCCAGUGCGGACCGGAAUGAUCUGACCACGAAUGUGCUGGACAAUGAUUGCUACGGCCACUGGAAGUAUCCGUCCAACUGCUCGCCCCAGGAGCACACCUGCGAGUACUACGCCGCCUGGGAGACGGUCGGGCGCGGCGACGAGAUGCGCUGGCACAUUGAGACGUCCAACACGGAGACCUGGACGGGCAUCGGCUUCAGCGAGGAUCAACGCAUGUCGCAGACCGACGCCAUCAUCGGCUGGGUGGACAAGCGCAACGGCCGACCCUUCCUCAUGGACACGUGGGUGCUGGGCUAUGCUCCGCCCAAGCUGGACGAUCGCCAGGACAUCUACAAUGCCUCGGGGCGCAUUGACAAGGGCGUCACGAUCCUGGAGUUCAACCGCAAACGUGUGAGCAAUGAUGAGCAGGAUCUGUCCUUCACCGACGACCACUGCCUCUAUCUGUUCUUCCCCGUUCUGGGCGGCGCCUUCAACGUGGUCAACAAGAAGAUCCGCAAGCACGAGCAGGUGCCGCCAGUCUCCUCGCGCCGCGUCUGCAUCAAAUCCUGUGGCAAAGAACUGGAGGCUGUGUUUGUUGGCACCAGUACGCCGGCGCCCAGCCGCCUGGUCUACGCUGUGGGCGUGAAGCUGAUGAACCUGGGCGAGUCCUACGAAGCACCCAAGGCGGGCACGGUGGAAUUCAACAACCUGGCUGCCACCAUCUCGGACUCUUUCAACGGCAUCCUCAGUCCCCUGCCCGGAUACUACAAGACGGAGAUUCUGGGCUUUGAAAAGGAGGGCAGCACGAUGGUCGCCAAGGUGCAGGCUAUGUUCGAUAAGGCGGAUGUGGAGAAGCUGCACGAACUGGACAACAAUACGGUGGAGAAGAUCGGCGAAGGAGCCGCCCUGAAGAACGCCGAUGCGAUUCGCGCGGCGCUGCAGGAUCAGAUAGCCACCGGCCGUGUGGGCUCUCUGACUGUAGAUCCACAGUACCUUGACUUUGAGGCCUUGGAAUACAAGAGCACCACCGAACCGAACGCCAAGGAGACACUGCUAUCAUUCUUCGACCUGUCCGAGACGCGUUUGUACAUUGUACUCGGUCUGAUUGCGGCCCUGGUGCUCAUCGCUCUGAUCCAGGCCUUCUGCACCAUUUGGAAGACGUCACGCAAGAGCAAGAAUACAAAGGAGAAACUCAUCCAGAACUCACCCUGGAAGGAGUUCGCCUCGAACACCAACUACGCCUUCGACCCCUACGGCGAGACGGAGGAGAAGCACAUGACCAGCACCAGCACAGCGGCCAAGGAGAAGUCUCGCCACCGCAACCAGUCCACCAGCAGCAGCCAGCAGACCACGUUGCCCAUGUCCCACUCGCCCACCAGCAAGUCCCAGAUGUACUACGAGAGCACCAAUGGCCAGGGUAAGGGCAGCAAUGGAAAUAGCAAUGGGAACGGCCACCCCAGCCGCGCCUCCAAUGGUCGCCAAGAGAGCAGUGUGGGAGGCGCACCUGCGGCCUACUCGCGCAGCUCCUACGCGGAGCGGGCCUAUUCCCUGCCUCGACAGACUCACAACUACCAACAGAACGCGACCAGUAUGCAGCCGUCGGGCUACUACACCCACGAUCGUCGCACCGCCCGCCAGGGCAGCCGGGACAGGGAGAGGGAAGAAGAGCGCCGUCACCGUCAGGAGCGGGAGCGGGACCGAGACUCGGGCUAUGAUCGGUCUCGCGACGAUCCCCGCCAGAAUGGUGGCUCGGACACACCCGACUUUUACUUCAUGCCCUCCCAGCGCAAGUACUCCGGUGAAGUGGUUCGCGUCUAUGUGGAUUACAACAAGGAUCCGAAGCAUUAAUAGUGGUUCCACAUGUGGUGCCCCACUCGUAGCGAUUUAUUUAAAGCUCGUUUUAAGUUCUUAACAUCUUAACAUAUCUUUGCCUGUGCCCCAUGUCCUCUUUACCCACUCUCUCCUUUUCCUUCUCGUGCUCUAUUUCGUUUCGAUUUUGCCAUAAAGCAGUUCCACUGCAAGCGCUUGGGGAGGGCGGCGAAGAACAGAUGGCGUUCCGCUCCCCAGGAUGGCGUUUCCGGGUGCGCAAGCUUUACAAUUAACGCACAACGCAUGAUCCACAAGUAUAGUGAAUUGUAAAUAUAUUGCAUAGAUAUUAAUGGUCUAAACAAACACCACACAACACAACACAACACACCACACAAAUUAUUCAAGCAAAUCAAGCAUUGUAAUUAGGUACUCGUACGUGCACGUUCAUUCCGAAUGUUUUCGCAUUGUCUUCUCUUAAAUGUGCAAAGAAAAAAUAGUCACUGUAUUUAAUGAAAUUAAAUAUAUGCAUUAAGUACAUUUAAAUAAAAAUAAGUACAAGAAAUAU